AUGCCUCCUACUGCUUCUACUGCGAGCGAUAAAUCCCCAUUGCGUUUUCAUUGCCUCAAAUUGGAACGCCCUUCAAGAUUUACUGAGGCCAUAUAUUCACCUCGCCUCCUCUACCUCCGCCUUCUCCACUUCUUCUAUCGCUCUCUUCUUCUGUCUCUCAUUCCCGCUCUAGCGCUCAGAUUUGCUACAGGAAGAGUUUCACGAUAA